AUGAUUGAGAUGUGGAAAAUAUUCCCGUUGCUUAUCGUACUGGCUUCUGGUCACGGGUAUCGGAUAUUAGGCCUGUUUCCCCAUCCCGGCCUAAGCCAUUUCAAAGUGUUUCACCCAAUAAUGAGAGGCUUGGCGAACGAAGGUCAUCAUGUUACAGUGGUCAGCUACUUUCCGGACGAUAAUCCUGUACCAGGCUACCACGAUCUUCGUUUCGAAGGACAGGAAAUUUUGACGAAUACAUUCAGCUUAGAGGAUUUCAAGGGCAGAACCUUCAUCGAUAAUUUUAGGGAGUUCUACGAAUUGGCAGCCUGGGGAGUGUCUAGUUGCAUGGCCGCACUAAAUUCUUCUGCAAUCGAAGAAAUACUAGAAAUCCAUCGUAAAGCUCCGUUUGAUGUGGUUGUGAUGGAAUAUUUUGCCACUGAUUGCAUGGCAGGAAUAACUUGGAUGUUGCAGGCUCCUCUAGUAGGUUUAAGCAGCUGUGCGCUAAUGCCGUGGCACUACGACCGUAUCGGGUUGCCCGACACUCCUUCCUACAUUCCAUCGGAGUUUAGCACAUUUUCGGAAGAAAUGUCUUUCUUGGAGAGAGCUGAAAAUUGGCUAGUUACCAGAUUGGUGAAGAUUUUGUACCGUGCUGUACAAAUAAGUGAUAAUAGAUUAUUACAAGCCAAGUUUCCGAAUGCAGAUAUACCCGACGUGAAUGAGAUUGUGACCAAUACCUCGUUAAUACUGGUCAAUCAGCAUUACACGCUCAGCGGUGCACGACCGUUGGUACCUUCGGUGAUUGAAAUUGGUGGAGUGCACAUCAAAAACAUUAAACCUUUGCCAACCGAAUUACAACAAAUUAUGGACGAUGCGUCUAAGGGCGUUAUUGUAGUAUCCUUCGGAUCCGUUCUUAAAGCUUCUACCCUUCCAAAUAGUAAACGAGCUGCAAUGAUAGAAGCAUUUCAACAUUUCAAUCAGCACGUGGUGUGGAAAUGGGAGGAAGAAAUGGAAGAUCAACCAACGAAUGUGUUUAUCCAGAAAUGGCUUCCUCAGAAGGACGUGCUGUGCCACAAGAAUGUACGUCUGUUCGUAUCUCACGGAGGUUUGCUGGGAGUUUCAGAAGCUGUCCACUGUGGUGUGCCGGUAGUGGCCAUGCCUAUAUAUGGAGAUCAAUUUCUCAAUGCUGCCGCACUGGUCAAUCGAGGCGUUGGAGUUCGUAUGGAUUACGAAAGCCUACACAACGUAUCUUACGUGGUGGAGUGUAUUCGCGAAGGACUUAGCGCAAGAAAAAAGGAAAACGCUCAAUCAUUAGCAAAGGCUUACAACAGCCGUCCUCAGCCACCGUUGGAUUUAGCAAUUUGGUCGAUCAUCAAUGUAAUUGAAAACGGUGCCAAGCAUUACGAACGUUCAUACGCAGCUAAAUUGUCAUGGGAUAUCUAUUACUCGCUGGAUGUUUUUAUGAUACUUGUGCUUUUGUUUGUUAUUGUCGUAAUUCCGUUCUCAUACUGUAGUUGGAAAAUGUGUUGUAAAAACGAUACUCGCGGUAAGAAACGGUUCAAUAAAAAAAAGAGAUUAUAA